AUGUCGCAGACCCUAGGAAAAACACGUCUCGCCUAUUCCAGGACAUGGCACUAUAUCGACGUCGGCACAGAUGGCCGUUCCCUUGGCCGCGUCGCCUCCGCAAUCGCAAUGCAUCUCAUGGGCAAACAUAAACCUAUCUACGACCCAUCCACGGAUUGCGGUGACUACGUUGUUGCUGUGGGAUGCCACGAUUUACAUACAACCGGUAAAAAACGUUUGCAAAAGAAGUACUAUACGCACACGACGCGGCCCGGUAGCUUGAAGAGCAUGACUAUGGAUAAGAUGUUUGAGAAAUGGGGUGGUGGUGAGGUUUUGAAGAGGGCUGUCAGGGGCAUGUUGCCUAAGAACCGUUUGAGGGAUAAGAGAUUGGCCAGGUUGAAGACAUUCGAAGGCCUCCAACACCCCUACAAGAAGAACAUCAUCAAGAUCAGUGGCACAAGCGUGCUAGGACCGAACCACCUGCCCGAGAUCAGAAAAGUUUUCGAAAAGGUCAAGACAACUACAGAAUCAGCUCCGGCCUCUUAA